AUGCCAGGCCCCAGUAUGAGCCAGAACGCUGAGGAGACCGUGAUGGCAAGCGUCGCAAAUUUCGAACCCGUUCCAGCUCCUGGAGAGCAGGCCGUGGUGGACAUCAACGAUGAAAACGAAGGAGAAGGAGAAGGAGAAGGGGGAGAAGAGGACGAGGAAGCGGAGGCUGACAAAGCGCGAUGGGAGGCCAUGUUCCACCAUGCUGAUCCCGGCUCUGAUCAUGGACCUCUCCAUGCCUUCCUUGACUUCCUGGAUCAUGUCAGCGAGAAAAUACGCAACGAGAUCGAGUCAACUUUCGCUCAUAUGGGUCUCCUUCUUGCUGAUCAUGCUUGCAAGUUUUGCUUCGCAGGCAUCGCAUUCGCACUUCUUUGCAUGACCGGGCUGCCGUUUGUUACCUUCGAACGGGACAUCAAUGAGAUGGUCCUGGAGCAAAACUCGCAAACGUCAAAGGACUACUUUGAAGGAGAAGACAUCUUCAAGGCCACCCUGCCGGAGUUGGAUCGUCGCCUGACGGUCCUGUACUCGGUGCCAGGUGGCAAGAACCUGUUGGAUUCCCCGUACUUUGAACAAGCGCUAGCAAUUCACUACGAAAUUCUGACGAACGUGACUUCCGACGUGGACAAAGACGUAUAUCAGAAGCAUUGCAACCGCUUCUUCGACAAUCCAAAUGAAAGUUGCAUUGUUUUUUGCGCGUUGGAUCCUCCUUACCAGGUUGAGCUGCACAAGGGUGGACGAGGCUUCCGCAACUCGACCUAUUCAAUGAUGGGUGCACGGGCACGUGUCGAGCAGGGCCUGAAUCCAGAGGAUGAUGAUGGGCACUUUGAAUAUACGGACAGCUUCCUUUGCAGGUACGAGUCGGUCUCAGACGAUUGGAAACUUGGAGCGGUCCAUUGGGUAGCCGAGCAUCGCAAAACAUCCUCACUCGACGUUCGAAUCUCCGGGUCAAGUUCGGCGUUCAAUUAUGAGGAAGCUCUGCGAGGCACCUUCUCGGAGGCUCAUUUGUUUCUGAUCGGAGGAGUGCUGGUAUGGUUGUUCUGUGGUUUCGCAAUGCACUUCAUUAACUUCGAGAACCACGCGUGGUGCAACGCAACGAACUGGUUCACGGCCACAAUGUGCAUUGCCAGCGCAGUGCUUGCUAUGUUGGCAGCGGUGGGCCUGGGCGGCUUCUUAACCGUACAGGGGCUGAGGCUUACAGCUUCAUCUCUGUACGUGUCGUUCUUAAUCUUGGGCAUCGCGGUCGACGACAUGAUGAUCUUGGCCGGACUCUUCUUCGAAGCUCCAAAAGAUCAUACCUUGGGUGAGAGGCUUGCAGCCAGCUUCGGCUCAGCUGCAGCUUCUAUCACACUGACAAGUGUCACCACGCUGGCUGGCUUUCUGGCAGGGAGCGCCGUGGACAUGAUCUGGAUCAGUUCCUUCACCCAAGUGGGGGUACUGGCGGUCCUUGCGGACUAUAUCAUCCAGCUCACUUUCUUCGCAGGAGCGUUUGCCGCCUUUCAGCGAGGCUGUGGCAAACUGGAGACAUCCACGCAAGAUCGUGGCCAUGCCCAUUCGGCCUUGGAGAAGUAUGCCAGGUGGUCGGCACACAGCGGGCUAUGCAAGGGCAUCACAUUUCUGCUGUUUGUCGUGCUGCUCUUCGUAUCGCUCUAUGGAACUCAGAGUUUAGAGGCUUCCUUUCAUGCGAAGGUCCAGAUCCCUGAUGACUCGCAUUAUCAUACUUUCUUGCAGGAUGGAAAGGACUACAUGGGAGAGUUUGGACCCAACACGGUGUACUUGAUGAUGGAACAUCAAGUUCUCCCAAGCCCGGAUGUCCUGAGAGCCACAGCAGAAUACGCGCAGCGUAUCAGAGAGCUGAACGGCCAAAAACCCUACCUGUCAGCUUCCACAGAUUGGACUGUUGCGAUGCAGCUUUGGAUGGCCAUCCAGCCGCUUCCAGAACGCUUGAGAGUUCGCACAAAUGCGACAGCCUUCGGUGUAGCGAUUGAGGAGGCCCUUGGUGGCACACUUCGAAAUCAGUAUGGAGGAUUGGCCAGGCAAUUUCAAGAAGUUGGCAUGGCCUAUGCUGCAAGCGGGCUUGCUGUGCAGGCUGCUCUAGCCGAAAUACAUGGCAUGGCUCAAGAUUUACACAUGGGCCCACACCAAUCGCUUGCAACCACAAAGGCCACACUGCAUGCAGUUCAGCUUGCCCUCAACACAACCCGGCACGCUUAUGGCAAUUUUACCCAGGAGCUUGGCUUAAGCUUGCAGACGGCGCUUGGUGAUGGACUUGCUCACAUCUAUGCUGCAGCGGAUGCAUACGAGUCUGGACCUGCGAACUUCUCCGCGGCAGAGACUCUUCUGCAACAGGCUGCGGCCGCCUUCGCAUCGCCCACUCCAGUCACCUCGUUGAAUUGCACGGCCAUCGAACAUUUAGAGGAGGCAUCAGCUCAACUCCUCCAGUCGGUCUACGCUUUCAACUCCUCCCUGAAAGUGCGGAUUCUGCGCGCAGCGGCUUCUUUGAAGUUCGCGGCUACCAACUUCCACAACGCUUUGCCAAGUGAUGAUCGCCUUCUGGUGAAGUACGACAUUCAGUUCUUGCAACGAGAGUUCUUGAGAAGACUUGGCGAUCUGAUGUCAUACAUGGCUGAUCCGUAUGUGGAAGUAGUUCUAGCACAGUGGUGGAACAACACCCUCUUUCCGAUGGAGCUUGUGGGCAUCCACGCAAGAAACACAGCAUUGACAUUGCGAGCAAUGCAGCAAACCGCGGGAACUCUAGCUUCCCAACCUUUGGCUCCUGUUGCUUCCGCUUGCACGGAGCUCCGGAAUGCUUUGAGUGCUUCCCUGGAUGGCUCCUUUAACUCCGCUGCAACCCGCGCAUUUGGGCAUCUGGUGGCAUCCGCGGCCGCUUAUGCAGGAGAUGAGACCAACUUGGCUCACCUUGAGCAGCACUACGAGUCUGGAGCUUUCGGAGAUCCAGGUGCAGAUGACAAGUGUUCCCCACAAGAGGUCACCUUGGAAAGCCUGCGUCGCGGCAUGGCUUAUGGAGUUGCUCACUACCGUUCUACUGUGGUGUGGAACGCUUUUUCCAACUAUUCCAUGGCAGACGCAAGGAGGUGGUUGACAAACAUCAUGGGCCGCUCUGUCGACAUGAACACACCACAAACAGCCAGCGCCAUCAGGAGGUUCGUGGGCCAUCAGUGGCUUUCUUUAGCAGGCGAACGGGAACAGGUCACGCGGGAGCGAACAGCAGAGCGCAAAGCAGAUCAGGCCCGCAGAGCUGUUGCUGCUGCUCGCCGCAUGCGCGUGGCGAGGGAGGCAUCUGCAGAAGUGUGGGAAGAUGUAGACAACUAUGAGGAGAGCUUCGGCACAGAAAUGGAGACCGUUGUGUACGACGAAGAUCUGAAGCCAGGCUGGUUGGGCGGAGGGGGCUUGAAGUGGUGA